AUGUCCUCCUCUCUCCCAAUUGUGGUCUGCGCCCUGGAUGCCGAAAUCGGCAAGCCGGUCUCCGAGCUCCUUCUUCCCGAGUUUGAAGUAAUCCACUUUAUCCAGAGCCUUACAGCCGCCCAAUCCGAAAUCCCACACCUCCUCGCCGGCCAGGACCCACAGUCCCCACAGGUCAACAAGGUCGGCACAAAUGAUUACAGUAGACCGGCUCGAGCGAUCAUCUUCGGUCGUGGAUUUGAUCUGAAGGAUGUUGAGGCACUUCGCGAGAAGGUUGCCGGUAUUUCAUUGGAACCUGCUGUUUGGAUUGCUGGGGAUCCUAGUCGGAGCUUACCUCCUGGUGCUGUGCCGCCGCCUAAUUAUCCUCAGCUUGUAGCUGGUGUUGCUAGGAAAUUGCUUGGUGGGUGGGUUGAGGCUGGGGCUGAUCAGGAUGAGGUUCUUUUAUACUAA